CCAGGCAACAAAUAUUUCAACUCACGUAGUCAAUCAGACAAACAAGCCUGAAGACUUGCGAACAAAGUCUACCUUCUUGGCAUAAAUGUCCAAACUCGGAGCUUUGUAUAAAUGGAACUCCUCGAUUAAUUACUAUAUAUAUACUAAAAGUUAUCCAAACCAUACUGCGGAGUAGUCUCUGAUCUUUCUCUCCAAGAGAUUUCUUCGCUGCUUUUCAAUAUUAUCCUUUUUUUCCUGUCAAUUCUUGUAAGCUAUGCCUGUGAAAGGCCAGGGUCCAGCGAUUGGGAUCGAUUUGGGAACAUGCUACUCCUGCGUGGCAGUUUGGAAACAUAAUCGGGUGGAGAUCAUACCCAAUGAUCUCGGGAACCGAAAAACACCAUCUUUUGUAGCUUUCAAUGAGACUCACCGUUUGAUCGGUCAGGCGGCCAUGGACCAGGCAGCCAUGAAUCCUACCAACACUGUUUUUGACUCUAAACGUUUGAUUGGAAGGCGAUUCAAUGAUGCCUCAGUGCAACAUGACAUGAAAUUGUGGCCAUUCAAGGUGAUUGCUGACCCUACUAAUGGGAGGCCCAUUAUUGUUGUUACCUACAAGUACGAGGAAAAGCAGUUUCUGGCUGAAGAAAUCUCUUCAAUGAUUCUCGCAAAGAUGAAAGAGAUUGCAGAGGCUUAUUGCGGUUCAAAGAUCAAGAAUGCUGUUAUUUCUGUCCCUGCUUGUUUCAAUCACUUGCAACGUCAAGCCACAAAGGAUGCUGGUGUCAUUGCGGGCCUAAAUGUGGUGCGUAUAAUCAAUGAGCCAAGUGCUGCUGCUUUAGCAUAUGCGCUUGACAAGGAGUAUGGUAGUACUGGUGAGAAGAAUGUGCUCGUCUUUGAUCUUGGUGGUGGCACGUUGGAUGUCUCAGUUCUCACCAUUGAAGAGGGCAUCAUCGAAGUGAAAGCUACAGCUGGUGAUACCCACUUGGGAGGUGAAGAUUUUGACCAUAGAAUGGUGAAGCAUCUCGUUCAAGAGUUCAAAGCAAAGCAUAAGAAGAAAAUUACUGGAGUUAAGGCUCUUAGGAAGUUGCGGACUGCUUGUGAAAGGGCUAAGAGGAUUCUGUCAUCUAAUACUCGAGUAAGUAUUGAGAUUGAUUCUUUGUACGAGGGUAUUGACUUCCAGUUAAACCUCACCCGAGCCAGGUUUGAGGAGCUUAACAUGGAUUUAUUCUCGAAGUGUAUAGGGCUUGUCGAGAAGUGUUUGAGGGAUGCUAAGAUGGAUAAAAGCAGUGUCCAUGAUGUGGUUCUGGUUGGAGGGUCUACCAGGAUCCCCAAGGUUCUAACAUUGUUGCAGGACUUCUUCGAUGGGAAGGAGCUCUGCAAAAGGAUUAACCCCGACGAGGCGAUUGCCUAUGGUGCUGCUGUUCACGCUGCAGUCCUUAGCGGUGAGGGUAAUGAGAAGGUGCAGGGCUUGUUAUUGAUGGAUGUCACUCCUCUUUCGCUUGGUUUGGAGACUGCUGGAGAAGUCAUGAAUGUGUUGAUUCCUAGAAACACCACCAUUCCCACCAUGAAGGAGCAGGUGUUCUCAAUCCACAUCGAUAACCAGUCUGAUGUACUGAUUAAGGUGUAUGAGGGUGAACGUAGCAGAACCGGUGACAACAACUUGCUGGGCAAGUUGGAGUUAUCUGGCAAUAUUCCUCCUGCUCCUGAGGGAGUUGCUCAAAUCCAUGUGUGCUUUGGCAUUGAUGCCAACGGUGUUUUGGUUGUCUCUGCCGAGGAUAAAACCACUGGAAAUAAGAACAAAACUACAAUCACCAAUACGGGCUGGCUCUCCAAGGAAGAGAUGGAGAGGUUAGUGGAGGAGGCUAAGAAGUACAAGGCUGAGGACGAGGAGUAUAACAUGAAGGGCGAGACAAAGAAUAGACUAGAGAACUACGCUUACAACAUGAGGAACACAUUUAAAGAUGAGAAGUUUUCAGCCAAGGUCCAAUCUGCUAUCAUGAAGAAGAUUGUAGAUGCAAUUGAGGGUACUAUUAAGUGGCUGGAAGGGAACCAACUUGCUGAGGCAGAUGAAUUUGAGUUCCAGAUGAGCGAGCUGGAGAAAUUAUGCAAGCCGGUCAUUGCCAAGAUUGUGAACGAGGGACAAGAGGCUGAGCAGUACGUGGCUCAGGAUGAGGAGCAUAAGAAGGAGAAAAUUGAGGAGAAGAAGGCUGGGAAGGCCAUCCAUAGGGAGCAUCGGAAGAAGGUUGAGGCUAAGAGAGCAUUGGAAAAUUGUGCUUACUACAUGAGGUACAGAAUCAGGGAUGUGAAGAAUGCUUUGGCAGAGACCGAAGAUGCAAUUGAGCAGACCAUCCACUGGCUUGAAAGGAACCAGCUGGUGGAGGCACAUGAGUUUGACAAUAGGAUGAAGGAGUUGGAGGGUAUUUGUUACCCUUUCCUUGCCCAGAUGUACAAAGGAGCUGGUAGUGACUCGAGCUGAUAGAUUAAUUAGCAUCUCAGAUUCUCACGGGCCUAAAAAAAGUCUCCAUCUUUUUAAAUUAAUUUGUUAUAUAUAGUGAUAUUUUCUUUUCUUUAUUUAUUUUUAUUUUUAUUUUUAUGGGCAUUUUAAUAUGACUUUUGCCUUACGUAUCAAUUUGACCAAAUAUUUAUAAAAUAUUUGUGUGGUGUGUAACAUUACUUGUAAUAAAAUAUUUGUAAUAUUUAACAUUUUUUUUUGAGUAA